UUUCUUCACGUCAGGAUGUUUCACACUUCCACCUAGCUGCUGACAUGCUGUGAGAGGAGCUUGCUUCAUCUUUUACAACUUUCUUGAUUAUUUUUUUUUUUCCUUUUGAUGACCAGUUGAGGAGAUCCGUAGAACUGGAAGAAGAUCUCACUGGGAAACGGAAGAUUUGCUGUGGACAUGGGGAUUUUAUACUCUGAGCCAAUUUGUCAAGCUGCAUAUGGAAAUGAACUAGAUGAGGUCCAGCUCCUGUUGGCAGAAGAUCCCAAAAAUCUGAAUGUGAAGGAUAGUUUUGGUGGUGACACCCCACUGAUCUGUGCCUGCCGGCGAGGUCAUAUCGCAGUAGUCCGUUAUUUACUGUCCAUGAAAGCGGAUGUAAACCUCCCAAAUAAUAAGGAAAGGACAUGUUUGCACUAUGCUGUAAGAAAAAGGUUUACUUUUCUGGACUACUUGCUGAUUGUAAUCCUGAUGCCAGUUAUGCUUAUUGGCUAUGUUAUCAUGAUUUCAAAGGGCAAACAGAAUGAGAGGCUGAUCAGACUUUUACUGCACUCAGGUGUUGAUGUCAAUGCUGUAGAUAAUAGUGGAAACACUGCCCUCCACUAUGCCUGCAAAAUGAAGUCCCAGGCCAUAAUUCCAAUAUUGCUUGAAGCCAAUGCUAAUCUCUACAUAAAAAAUAAGGAAGGUGAAAGCCCAGUCGACAUUGCAGCGAAAUUAAAAUUUAAAAAUAUUUUGGCGUUAAUGAAAAAGUCUUCAUAGUUUUAAUGAGCACUUGUCUGCCUUUUAGCUGGUAAGAAGAACAAAGAUCAUACUACCUACCUGUGGGAUGCUAAUACAGUCAGGCAAUGGAAGACAGUGGAUAUUAAGUGCA